AUGUUGUUCCAAAUGGUCUUGGGCUAUGUGGCCCUCAUCGGGGCGACAAAAGCCUUGGACUUGCAAAGGAGCGCUCAGGUGUGCACAAACUCAUUGCUUAUCGAUGAUUUCUCAAAAUGGAACACUUCCGAAAACAGCUUGCUGGGGGCAACUAGCGAUGAUGGCACGAUGAACUCUACCAGCUUAACAGGUGGCGUUCUCACCUUUACUCCCAACUCUACGGCCACAUCGUACAUGUACGAGCAGUUCCCAUGUACCGCAGCCAAGACACAAGGAUAUGACCUUUUGUCGUUCUCAAUCAAAGGGCCCGAGGCCGCGUCAGUUUCUCUGGAGCUCCAGACCCAGCCCAAUUGCGGUGCCGCUACAGACUCGUACACGAGCUACUACUAUACGGUCAACGGCCUCGCCGGAUCCAUGGAGACAAUCACCGUUCCUCUUAGCUCGUGGACGGGUGCGAACCUGGAUGCUAUUGUUGGCGUACUCUUCUAUGGUUUCUCCAAGGGCAUGACUGGGACCGACAAUGUUUGGCAAAUCGAUAAUAUCGCUUUGCUUUGCAGCGCGGGCGCUCCAGUCCCCCCUCCGCCUGGAGGUCCGACCACGAGUCCGACCACGACCUCAGCUCCAGGAGUUCCUGGCCCUACCACUGUAACGGUCACCUCGACGGUCAUAGUCACUCCCACGACGACCUCAAACCCGUGGAUUACUCCUGGGCGACCAACUACGACCACCCGCCGGACAACCACUAGACGUACUACUACUCGCAGGCCGGUACCAACAACGUCAGACUGUGACUGGUGGGAUGAUUGCGAUGACGAUGGAUGGGGCGGUUGGGGGCGCCGAACCGCUGUUGAAGAACGAGAGGCUCCAGCCGCGACUCAAGCUGCCAUCCCUGAAGCCGCCACUCCAGUUGCGAAUGAGGCUUGCAGCAACCUCUUGAUCGAUGACUGGAUUUCGCAAUCGAGGUUGACAUUCCUUUACUACAAUGCCCUCCUCAAAUCUUCCAGCGACGACGGUACCAUGAAGUCGAUUGUCGUCAGCGACAACAAGGUCACCCUGACACCCUCAAACACGGACUCGUACUUCUACACGCAAGUGGGCUGCAUCAACGCACAAAGUUACGGUGGAAUCUCUUUGAGAAUCAAUGCCGCAGCCGGCUCUCAGUUUACCGUACAGCUAGGCUCGACAAAGGGCACUUGUGGGACCGACGAUAUGACCACGGCGAGCCUGACGACGAAGCAGCUCGGGUGGACAUUCGACGGGACCGAUCAGCUGUAUAGCAUCCCCUUGUCCAAGUUCUCCGGCAUCGAUUUGAGCAAGUUCAAUAUGAUCUAUCUCACCGGGUUGAAGAAGGCAGUAACUUUGGGUCCGGUGGCCAUGUAUUGCGGGAAUGAAGUCGUUGAGUAUGUAGCCCCCAAACCAGUCGAACCUGCUGAACCAACAGCGACCGUGGUAGCGCCGCCAAGUAAGGCGACCAACCUGGUGAUUGACCGAUUCGGAGGUGCUGACACAAAUGCACUCGGUCAAUGGCACGGUGGAGAUGAUGGCAUCACGACGACGUUUAAAAGUAACAAAAUGACACUCAAAACCAACGACUCGGACCUGAUGUGGAAUACGCAACUGACGGAAACCUGCCGCGACAUGACACAGUACCAAGACGCCUACCUACACAUUGCCUAUUCCGGAAGCAACAAGUUCAGUGUUGCCUUGCAACAGCACAAUGCGCAGUGCAACGAAGCUAUCCAGCCCUAUCCUGAAACGUGGGACUCUGUUGAAGCCGCAAGAUACGCUUCCAAUUCUGACAUUUACAUUCCGAUGAACCAUUUCAAUAUCAACCAUACCCGAGUGAUCGGCGUCGCCCUGAAGGGGUUCUAUACUUUGACACCUACCGUAUUUUCCAAGAUCGAAAUCGUCAGCUCAGUCCCUUCUGGUUGGAAGGUGCCGUCUAAGUUGCCUUCUGGAAAUUUUGUCUUCGGUUGUAAGCGGCCCAACUCCUUUGCCUUUGCCAUCGAUGAUGGCGAUCCAAAACUGGCACAGCAAGUCAUGCAGACGGUCAAGGACGAAAACAUCACGGUUACUUUCUUUACGGUCGGUGCCGCUCUCCAAGACCCGACAACCAACCUCAGCUCACUUUACAACGGGAUGGCCGCCAAGGGUCACCAGAUCGCCAUGCACAGCUACACACACCCGAAGCUUGAAGGGCUACCGGACGAGGCCUCGAUCGACUGGGAGUACAGCAACAUGAUUCGAGCGGUUUCAGACACUUUCAAAGGGAUGCACACGCCGUACUUUAGGGCACCCUUUGGCACCGAAGGGGCCCGGAUGCGACAGAGGCUUGCUGCUGUGAUCGAUGAUCCUUACAUCGUGCAGUGGAGCGUCGACGUUGAAGACUGGAUUUGGGCGGAAUCAACCACUCCGGAGAAACAACUCGAUGCGUUCAAGAGAGAUGUCGCUAAGGGAGGCAAUUUGGUGGUGAUGCAUUAUCUAUAUCCAUCUACCGUCAGUUACUUGAAGCAGUUCAUCAAAAUUGCCAAGGCUACGGGAAAGCAGCUUAUGAGGGUGGACCAGUGCAUGAUGGACCCGAAUGCGCCCCCGUUGUAA